CCAAACCAGCAAAUCCGUAUCUUCUUCUUCAUCUUCCUCCUAAUCUUCUCAUAAAUUAUGAAUAAAUAAAAACCCAACCAAAAAAAAAAUCAUCUCUUUAACUGAAAAUCGUCGAAAAUUUCACUUUUCUGUGAUGGGUCGGGUGCAGGAGAAGCUGCGGUCCUUCUUCAGCAACCGAUGGCUGGUUUUCGUGGCGGCAAUGUGGGUGCAGUCCUGUGCGGGAAUCGGCUACUUGUUCGGGAGCAUAUCACCGGUGAUCAAGAGCUCCAUGGACUACAAUCAGCGGGAGAUUGCGCGGCUGGGCGUGGCUAAAGAUCUCGGGGACAGCGUUGGGUUUUUGGCGGGGAGUUUGUGCGAGGUGCUGCCUCUGUGGGCGGCGCUGCUCGUUGGUGCUCUGAUGAAUUUUGUUGGGUACGGUUGGGUGUGGCUUGUUGUUACUGGUCGAGCUCCUUCGCUGAACUUGUGGGCUAUGUGCAUUCUUAUAUUUGUGGGAACAAACGGCGAGACCUUCUUCAACACAGUUGCUCUGGUCUCUUGUGUGCAAAACUUCCCAAAAAGUCGGGGUCCCGUGGUUGGAAUACUCAAGGGCUUUGCUGGGUUGAGCGGCGCAAUUCUGACACAGAUAUAUGUGAUGAUCCAUUCCCCAGAUCAUGCAUCUUUGAUUUUCAUGGUUGCGGUUGGUCCAGCAAUGGUGGUUAUUGCAUUAAUGUUUAUAGUCAGACCGGUUGGAGGUCACAGACAAGUCCGGCCAACCGAUUCCAUGAGCUUCACGUUUAUUUAUAGCCUGUGCCUCCUAUUAGCUGCUUAUUUGAUGGGGGUCAUGCUAGUUGAAGAUCUAAUUGAUUUGAGCCACACCGUGAUGGUUAUAUUUACAUCGGUUUUGUUUGUGCUCCUGUUGAUUCCCGUUGUGAUUCCCAUUUCGUUGAGCAUUUCCUCCGAGGCAAGAUCUCUAGAAGAAGAGGCACUCCUACCCGAGCCACAGACACAAGACCGUGGGAAAUCUGGGCACGAUGCAAAUGAGGUAAUAUUUAGUGAGGUGGAAGACGAGAAGCCUAAGGAAAUGGACUUACUUCCAGCAUCCGAAAGGCAAAAACGAAUUGCGCAAUUGCAGUCGAAACUAUUCCAAGCAGCUGCCGAAGGAGCAGUUAGGAUUAAGAGGAGGAGAGGUCCGCAUAGAGGGGAGGACUUCACAUUGACACAAGCUUUGAUCAAAGCCGACUUUUGGCUUAUUUUUUUCUCACUUCUCUUGGGUUCUGGAUCUGGUUUAACGGUGAUUGAUAACCUCGGUCAGAUGAGCCAGUCUCUCGGGUAUGACAAUACGCAUAUAUUUGUGUCCAUGAUCAGCAUCUGGAACUUUCUUGGUCGGGUUGGUGGCGGUUACUUCUCUGAGAUCAUUGUGAGGGACUUUGCUUAUCCAAGACCGGUAGCAAUGGCCGUGGCACAACUCCUUAUGGCAGUUGGGCAUAUCUUCAUUGCUUUCGGAUGGCCUGGGGCAAUGCACAUUGCCACCAUCUUGGUUGGGCUAGGCUAUGGGGCUCAUUGGGCUAUCGUGCCAGCUGCUGCUUCUGAAUUGUUUGGCUUGAAAAAGUUCGGGGCUUUAUACAAUUUCCUCACAAUUGCAAACCCUGCUGGUUCGUUGCUCUUUUCUGGCCUGAUUGCUAGCAGUAUAUACGACUUUGAAGCUGAGAAGCAAGCUCAUCAGCACCAUCACCCGCAUAUGAGUCCAGGAACAUCAGUUUUCCAAGGCAUGCUUCGAAUGGACGCACCAAAGUGUGACGGUUCUAUAUGCUUCUUCUUAACUUCGUUAAUCAUGUCCGGAUUAUGCAUUGUUGCCUUUGUUUUAAGCAUGAUUCUGGUACAUCGGACUAAGAUUGUAUACGCCCACCUGUAUGGAAAAUCACGUCCAGCUGGGAUUUCAUGAGCUGAGGCUUCCGUUCAAUACAUCCUGUAUUUUUUUCUGAUUUGCCCUUUUCGAACGACAUUGUAUUUCUUCCAAAUUGUUUGAUGUUUCUAUACUUUGUCUGAGGUUGUGUAGAUUCUUCGUGUGUUUCUGUAACCACAUUUCAAGGAUGAUGGAGGCAAGUGCACGGUUUUUCAGAACUCUCGAGGAUCAGUGUCCCAAUUCAGUGUUAUGUUAUGUUUGGUCGUGUAAGAUUGUCUUUUCGAGUAUCAGAACGUUGUGUUGAAUUUUGCCUGUCAAUUGACAUUGAAAAUUUUUGUUUCAUGAUCAGUUGUGUCCACAAGUUUCCCAUUAAUUGAUAGUAAGAUUGUCUCUUAUUUCGU